AUGGCUUCUCUUGUUUCAUUGGCCCUUCUCUCUCUCAUCCUCUUCUUCUCUCUCUCCGCCGCCUCCCUCCACCACCGGAAGACUUCUUCCGGCGGUCUAUCUGCCAAGGAAAUCAUCCAUGAAGCCUGCAAGGCCUCACGUGAUCCACCCACAUGCGAGGCCGCCUUGGCUCAAUCCAAUCACGUGUCUUACGACGCUACAAUUAUGCAGGUAAUUCAAACUGCCAUGUGGGUGUCCUCUCAAAAUCUUAACAAGGCUCAAGGAAUGGUACAGGAGAUUCUGGACGCAUCCACAGGGAAUGAAAACCGGACUAGAGCGGCCAAAAGCUGUCUAGAGGUGCUGCAUUAUUCGGAUUGCAGAAUUAAUAUGACCAGUGUAGCACUCGCCAGUGGCAAGAUCAAGGACGCACGCGCAUGGAUGAGUGCUGGCCUGGCAUAUCAAUACGACUGCUGGGGAGGGUUAAAGUACGUGAACCAGACGUCUCAGGUAAAUCAAACGAUGGCGUUUUUGUAUUCUCUCACCGGCUUGAGCAGCAAUGCAUUGGGCAUGAUUGUCAAUUAUGACCAUUCCGGUGAGAAAACCGAGUCAUGGGCCCCGCCCAAGACCGAGCGGGACGGGUUCUGGGAGGGCGGGUCGGGUGAUUCCGGGUUCGUCGGUGGAGUGCCUUCGGACCUGAAGGCGGAAGUGACAGUGUGCAAAGACGGCGGUUGCACCUACAAGACAGUGCAGGAGGCGGUGAAUGCAGCACCGGAUAACCCGCCAGAGGGAAAGCGGUUCGUGAUAGGGAUCCAUACCGGGGUUUAUAAUGAGACGGUUCGGGUCCCAUUUGAGAAGAAGAACGUGGUGUUCUUGGGGGAUGGCAUGGGCAAAACCGUCAUUACAGGGUCUCUGAAUGUCGGCCUGCAAGGGGUCUCCACAUACAAUUCUGCCACCGUUGGAGUUCUUGGCGAUGGAUUUAUGGCCAGUGGACUUACUAUCGAGAACAAGGCAGGCCCUGAUGCUCAUCAAGCAGUGGCUUUCAGAUCAGAUAGCGAUCAAUCUGUCGUAGAAAAUUGCGAGUUUCUUGGCAAUCAAGACACAUUAUAUGCCCAUAGCCUACGCCAGUAUUACAAGUCAUGCCGCAUUCAAGGCAAUGUGGAUUUCAUAUUCGGAAAUUCAGCUUCAUUUUUUCAGGACUGUCUCAUCUUUCUUUCUCCUCGACAAGUUAAUCCUGAAAAGGGUGAGAAUAAUGCAGUGACAGCCCAUGGAAGAACGGACCCUGCCCAAUCUACCGGAUUUGUCUUUCAAAAUUGUACAAUUAACGGCACUGAUGCAUAUAAUGCUUUGUAUAAGAGCAACCCUCGUGUCCACAAAAAUUACCUGGGAAGGCCAUGGAAAGAGUUCUCAAGAACAAUUUUCAUUCAUUGUACAUUGGAGGCUCUUAUUACACCAGAUGGCUGGCUGCCUUGGGAUGGUGAUUUUGCAUUGAAGACGCUUUAUUACGGGGAAUUCGAGAAUAGUGGUGCCGGAUCUAACACAACAAAAAGAGUCACGUGGAGUAGCGUGAUUCCAGCCGAGCAUAUAAACUCGUACACGGUCCAGAAUUUCAUCCAAGGUGACCAGUGGAUUCCUAAAUCCUCUUGA